UGUUCCCCCGCUAAGAUGGCGGCUCCCUUGGUGCUGGGGAUUCUGGUGGCCGUCACGGUCCGGGCCGUGCUGUACCGAUCCAGCCUGGCCGGGUUCAUCUCCGAGCGGGUCGAGGUGGCGUCCCCUUUAAAUGCCUGGAAGCGAGUUGUCGAAGGGCUAGCUUUGCUGGAUUUGGGUGUCUCGCCCUAUUCUGGAGAUGUCUUCCAUGAAACCCCGUUAAUAAUAUACUUGUUUCAUUUCCUGAUUGAAUAUUCUGAGUUGGUGUUCAUGAUAACUGAUGUGCUGACUGCUGUUGCCCUCUACUUGGCCGUCCAGGACUUCAACAAAGUUGUGUUUAAAAAGCAAAAACUCCUAAUGGAACUGGAUCAGUAUGCAUCAGAUGUGGCCGAACUCAUCCGGACCCCGAUGGAAAUGCACUACAUCCCCCUCAAAGUAGCACUGUUUUAUCUCCUAAAUCCAUACACAGUGAUGUCUUGUGUUGCAAAGUCCACCUGUGCCAUCAACAAUACUGUCAUUGCAUUCUUCAUUUUGACUACAAUAAAAGGUAGUACCCUCCUCAGUGCUAUAUUCCUGGCCUUAGCGACAUACCAGUCACUGUAUCCUCUCACCUUGUUUGCACCAGCAUUGCUGUAUCUUCUACAGCGUCAGUUCAUACCAGUGAAACUGAAAAGCAAAGGCUUCUGGUUGUACGCCACGCAAUAUGCAGCACUGUAUCUCUGUAGCUUGGUGGUAAUUGUCUGCCUCUCAUUCUUCCUCCUCAACUCCUGGGACUUUAUUCCAUCUGUGUAUGGUUUCAUCCUUUCCGUUCCAGAUCUGACUCCCAACAUUGGCCUCUUCUGGUACUUCUUUGCUGAGAUGUUUGACCACUUCAGUCUGUUCUUCGUGUGUGUAUUUCAGAUCAAUGUCUUCUUCUACACCAUUCCCUUAGCAGUAAAGCUAAAGGAGCACCCCAUCUUCUUCUUGUUCGUUCAGCUUGCCGUCAUUUCUAUCUUCAAGUCCUACCCAACUGUGGGAGACGUAGCGCUGUACAUGGCCUUCCUUCCACUCUGGAGCCACCUUUACAGAUUCCUUCGGAACAUCUUUAUUCUCUCCUGUGUGCUCAUUGCCUGUUCCCUGCUGUUCCCAGUGCUCUGGCAUCUCUGGAUUUACGCAGGAAGCGCCAAUUCCAAUUUUUAUUAUGCCAUCACUUUGACGUUCAAUGUAGGGCAGAUCCUGCUCAUCUCUGAUUAUUUCUACGCCUUCCUCCGGCGAGAGUACUACCUCACUCACGGACUCUACUUGACAAGGAAAGACGGGACGGAGGCCAUGCUGGUUCUGAAAUAA